AUGCUGCGGCGAAAGAUGAAGCCAUUUCGAGCGGAUGUUGAAGUCAUGCCUCGUGUCAGCUACAUGUACCGAUAUGCCUCGGACAGGAGGACGUCCUCUUACCGUAGUGCCGCCGGAAUUGUCAACGUCAACAGUUUUCGAGCCGACGACUGGUAUCGCAAUGGCGAUCUACGCCGUGAAGGGGCUCAGGCGCUGCACGCUCGACUGCCUACAUCGUCCAGCAUCUUCGCGGCAGGCAGCUCUUUCACCACCACUCGCUGCUUGAUAAUGCCAAGCUGUGACUUUAUGCUUGGAGUGAAAGUCAACGUCUGGGUGGGGCGGUACCCAGCAGGAAAGCACCCUGGCAUGCAUCGCCGAUCAUGA